AUGGCAUCGAUUCCGGAAACUCAGACGGCUAUCCAGCUCUCGGCCUUCGGCAUCGACAACAUCACCGUGGGCCAGCUGCCUGUACCAUCACCUGGUGCUGGGGAGGUGCUUGUUCGGAUAACUGCCCGCCCUGUGAACCCCAGCGAUGUCUUUUCCGUUAUCGGGGUUUACCCUGGUUACAAACCCAAGGACUUCCCGGCGGUGCCUGGCCUUGAAGGCGCUGGCGAGGUGGCUGCUCUGGGCCCUAACGUCAGCGGUCGUCUGUCCGUUGGUCAGCGAGUUGUAGCUACCCAGUGGCGCGGUGCGGUGGAAGGUCGGGGCACCUGGCAGCAGUACGUGCUGGCAGCAGAGGAAGACCUGGUCCCAGUUCCCGACGACCUGCCGGACGACGCGGCCUGCCAGGCGCUCAUUAACCCGGUACCCGUCAUUGGCAUGAUGGAGGAACUGGCCGUGCCCGAAGGCGAGGUGGUUAUCUUCACCGCCGCCGGUUCCGCGUUGGGUCGCAUGUUCCUCCGCUACGCCAGUACCCGAGGGGUCAAGGUGGUGGCCACAUGCCGUCGGGAGGAGCAGGUGGAGGAGCUCAAGCAGGCGGGCGCGUACGACGCGGUGGUUCUGGGUGCUGACGCGGACGCGCUGGUGGCUAGGGUUUCGGAGCUGACUGGCGGCCGGGGAGCGUGGGGAGCCCUGGACUCCAUCGCCGGCUCCACACCCGCCAAGAUCGCCCCGGCUGUACGGGAAGGCGGUACAAUCAUUGUGUACGGCGCCAUGAGCGGUCCGAAUGUGGAUUGGAAUGUGGGGCAGUGCCUCUUCCGCGGUGUUGCCCUCAAGGGUUUCUGGCUGGUUCCUUGGCUGGCUGCUAAACCCGCGGAGGAGCAGCGCCGUGUGCUGACGGAUGUACUGGAACACAUGCGCUCGGGACUGCUGCCUCCGAUGAAAACCGACGUGAGGCCGCUGGAGGAGGCGGCCGCAGCGCUCCGAGACCAGGCCAUCGAGGGCCGCCCCGCCAAGAUCGUGCUGCGUGGCUAA